GCUGCUGGAGCGACCGUUUACUACAACCUAAGAUUUCGACAUCACACAUUGGAUAUGCCAAUCAUUGAUUUCGACCUUGCAUUUUUAUUCCAGCCUAUGCUUUUGUUGGGCAUUUAAGUGUAGUUGCUUUUUUUUUAAUGCUUUGUUCAGUCAAGAGAUGCAAAAUAUGUUACUUUAGAUGAUGGCCGUAAGCUUUGUCUCGAGUGUCUCAAUUUUUCAAUAAUGGAUACAACUGAGUGCCAGCCUCUUUACCUGGAUAUACAAGAAUUUUAUGAAGGUUUUAAUAUGAAAGUGGAACAACCAAUUCCAUUGCUUCUAGUUGAGAGGCAAGCUUUGAAUGAGGCUAUGGAAGGUGAAAAGAAUGGAACACAUCACCUCCCUGAAACUAGAGGUCUCUGUCUUUCCGAAGAGCAGAUCAUUAGAACAGUAUUGAAGAGGCUAAUAAUGGGGCCUGGAAACAAACUCAUAGAUUUGAAAACUGGGCCACAUAGACUUGUCCGGCGGUGUGAAGUGACGGCAAUUCUCAUAUUGUAUGGUUUACCCAGGAAAGUGAAAGUGAGGAAGAUGGUCUUGACAUGGGUGAUGAUGAUGAUGUUAAGGAACCUGAAAAUGAACCAGAGGCUAUUAGGAAAGAACCAACCAUUGAGAAAUCUGCUCCUAUUUUAGCACCACCCAAAGAUGCUGAAAGGCAACUGUCAAAGAAGGAGCUUUAGAAAAAGGAAAUGGCAGAGUUGGAUGCACUUCUACAUGAAAUGGGCAUUGCAAAUAAAGAUAAUAAUACUGCACAAAAUG